GUUUUUGUCUAGAUUUUUCUCUCAAUUGCUCAUAUGAUAUCUAGUUUUUUAUAGAUAGUGAAAUCAUGUUCUGCAUUUACUGUUAGAAACUAAAACAGGUAAGAAAGACCAAAUACUAAUUCUGUAACAGAUUGGUCACAAAAAUAUGUCCACAAUGUCAGCUACUCGUGUAGGUGGUGUUGUCAGCAGGUGCAUCACAGUAGGACCCUGGUCAACUGAUUGGUUGUCUAUCACUCCGCCUUCAGCAUCUAAUACCAUCACACUCAUUGUGCCUGGUAACCCUGGAGUUGUGAGCUACUAUGAGCAGUUCAUGAUCGAGCUUUAUGAGCAUCUUAAUAGAACAUCUGCAGUGUGGGCUGUGUCUCACACCUGUCAUUCAAAAACAUAUCCCACACCAAACUCAACUGUGGACCGUGAAGUGGAACACAAGAUCCAGUUCAUCAGGUCUCAUGUACCACAUGGCAGCCAACUACGGCUGGUUGGCCACUCCAUCGGCUGCCAGAUGAUUCUGCAAGUGCUUGACGAGCUUGACAAUGUUGAAGCCAUUGGGGUAGCAAAUGAUAGUUUCAAAAUAGACCAAUGUUACAUGCUUUUCCCAACAAUUGAGAGAAUGAAAGAUUCUCCCAGAGGCCGGACUCUUUGGCCGGUGCUUGCUUACUGCCGAUGGCUACCUCCUUUUAUUUGUAGCUGCGUGUCAAUCAUGCCAAAUUUUGUUAAAGAGAAGCUUGCAAGCGUAAUUCUGUAUGAUGGAUCUGGAGUGCCGUUACUUGACUCAGUGGUAGAGAGUUUUAUUACCAAUGUUCGGCCAGACAUGGUACGGAAUAUGCUGGACCUCGCCCAUAAUGAGCUUGAAACUGUGGUUGACUUGGAUAUCGACGCCGUGAGUCGACACAAAAGUAAACUGGUGUUCUACUAUGGCAGCAACGACCAUUGGAGUCCCGUCAAGUACAAAGAGGAUCUUGUUGAGAAAGUCCCUGGAGUCGUUGCAUUUGUCUGCCAGAAGAACAUCAACCACGCGUUUGUUGUAAGGCAAGCCAGAGAAAUGGCGUCUGAAUUAGCGAUAAUAAUCAAAGAGGUUGAAGAGCUUCAAGGCGUUCUUGAUAGAGAUGGAUGAAGGCCAAGUUUUAUUUUAUCCCAUAUCUUAUGUGAUCUCGUCUAACAUUUUGGCAUUUGUAGGCUUGUAUCAUAUCUGAAAGACUGAUAUUUCACGUUGGCCACAUUCCUUUUGCAAUUUGGUCUGUCUUUUUUGCGUCAUUUUUACUCAAGGUGAAAAGAUGUGAAACUGCAAAGUGCUGUCAUAAACAUGUCUUGUCUUGAGCUGCUUACCACCAAUUGGGUCUAGUUCAGACACUGAUACUUAUUACUGUUUACUAAAAUUUCAUCUUGAUGUGAACACGAACAACCAUUUGCCAAACCGUAGUGAAGUCUCUUGCUAACAGAAAUCAUAUUUUACUCAAAUUUAUCUUAACAAUAACGUUUUUUCGUGUAUUUAUAUUCAUGGGUAGAUGCAGAAUCUUUUAUAAAAAGUGCUGAAAAAACUGUAAUUCAAUCAUUAAAUUAAGUGUAGUUCAAACUAUUAGCCCGUUAUGUUAUCAUGUUCAGCGGCAAGAAGAUGUGAAGUCGCUAAAUAUUUGACAAUUUUUUUUUAUUUCUGCCGCUAGUCGACUCGUAUACGAGGAAGAUUCGGUACACAUGUUGUUUGACAUAUUGAUGUUAAUAUCGAUUGACAAUUUGGGUUCGCAUCCUGGUUGAUGUGUUGAUUGCAAUUUCGUUUGAUUUGUUACUUGGCAUGAUGGAAGACAUGAUGAUUGACAUGUUCAUAUUAACGCGAUUGGAAAGUCAAUUUUCGGGGCACGAGCCCCUGGUUCUUGCAGUUUGAAAUUCUCAAUUGUCGCUGGCACGACCAAAGCGCUACAAUACUUCAGUUUGAUAUCUUUCUGGCCUUAUCGCGAUGCAAGACGGGCAAGUUAUCAUACCAAAAUGACCGACUUCUGUUGAAAUGGAAAUAAUUUAUUCUUUUUCCGUUGAAUCGUUGUUUUUUUAAGUUGUCUCUAUUGAUGUCAGAAGUAAUUUUUUUGCAAUUUCACAGUGCUUGAAUAUAUCGACUGAUGGUUUCUAGUUUGUUGUUGCUAAGUGUAACUAUUUUUGAAAUUGAUUGAUUAAAUAUUCGCUGACUCUC